CCUGACUGCAUUGUCCCAAGUUUAAAGUUUUGUUUAUGGUGUGGGGAUGUUUUUCAGGGUUUGGGCUUGGCCCCUUAGUCCCAGUGAAAGGAACUCUUAAUGCUUCAUCAUACCAGGACAUUUUGGACAAUUUCAUGCUCCCAAAUUUGUGGGAACAGUUUGGGGAUGGCCCCCUUCCUGUUCCAAUGCACAAAGCAAGGUCCAUGGAUGAGCAAGUUUGGUGUAGAUGAACUUGACUGGCCUGCACAGAGUCCUGACCUUAACCCAACAGAACGUCUUUGGGAUGAAUUAGAGUGGAGGCUACGAGCGAGGCCUUCUUGUCCAACAUCAGUGUCUGACCUUACAAAUGUGCUUUUAAAAGAAUGGUCAAAAUUCCCAUAAACACACUUAUUAAACCUUGUAGAAAGUCUUCCAAGAAGAGUUGAAGCUGUAACUGUGAGUUCACACCAGCCGCGUUUGAGCCGUCAAAUUCGCGUCUACGGCAUCUAGUUUGCCACUUGAGCAUUUUGUACUUGCUUAAUUAGUGCAUGAAAUUCUAGUCAUCGAGACAUUCACGCGGAGACUCGCAUCAUGGGAGGGGCUUCUGCGACUUCCUGUAAUCAUGUCACUACUAGAGCAAGCUCCUGAUUGGUUAAAGGCACACAAGGCAAGUCUGAGUAUUAUUUCUCUACUAGUUCACACUUUUUAACUCGCGCAUUUCCCACAGCAACGCUCAAUUCACGCGAACUAGACGUGCGAAUGAGACGGAAUCGCAGCUAUCGCGCCAUGCUAAACGCCUCAUUCACGCCGCGAGACCUCCAGACGACUUAACAUUGAAAUCACUUGCGCUUGACGACUUCACCGCGGCUGGUCUGAACGCAGUAUUAUAGCUGCAAAGGGUGGACCAACUGCAGAUUAAACCCUAUGGAUUAAGAAUUGGAUGUCAUUCAGGUUUGUGUGUAUAUAAAGGCAGGUGUCUCAAAACUUUUGGACAUAUAGUGUAAGUGAAAACCUAAAAGCAUGUGAUCAUGUAAUACUAGCUAUAACUUGAGUGUAUGUGUCCUGAUCUGGGUUGCUAAGUCUGCGGUUAUCCCACAGAAUUGGACUAAUUUAAAGGGAUAGUUCACCCAAAAAACAUCAUUUACUCACCCUCAAGUUGUUCCAAACCUGUAAAGAUUUCUUUGUUUAACUGAACACAACGAAAAAUAUUUGUAAUCAAGCAGAAAGUAGGGGCACAAUUGACGUACAUAAGAUGAAAGAAAAAUACUUUGGAAAUCAAUGGUGCUUAAAAAUGAUUUGGCUACAAACAUUGCUCAAAAUCUUAUUUUGUGUUCAACAAAACAAAUUUAUACAAGUUCAGAAAAGUAAAUAAUGUAAGAAUUUUCAUUGUUGAGUGAACUAUCACGUUAAUACUGUUGCCGCGGAUUGAAGCAAACCCAAUAAUGUGAAAAAUUCAGAUAUUACCCCUGGAAUGCUAUAGUUUUGACCUGGCAACCCAUGUUUUUUCAUUGAAAACCUGGUAACCUUGGCCAUGAUGAUUCUUUUCAAUGUAUAAUUCGCUAUCAUCCAUAGUUAGAUCAAAGUUUAUUAUGAGAUACUAUGAUUUAACCCAUAAACAAAUAUUAUGAAAAUACAACAGGGUUUGUAUAAAUACAUUAUGCAACCUGCCACAUUUCCCUUCAACCUAUUUCCCCAACCAAAUGUUUUCUAAUCAACUCUUGAGGACCAUACGGUAUAUAUACAUCAUGUGUUCAUGUAAUUAUGAUCAUGUAAGUCUCUGUGAUUAGAAAAUAACACUCUGACCGACACAAAUACAAAACAUUCUGUGUUUAUAUUCACAAAUAAUACAUUUCUAUCUAAAGCAUCUGUCAAAUUUUCAUAAACUUUGAUGGGAAUUAAACACAGUUAUUUUUCCUACAGUUUUAUUAUCAAUUUAUGAAAUUCAAGGCGUGCUUGAACACUGAGGUGAAGCCAGAACAUUUUCAUGGACAGCCUUAAUGGAACUUACAGUACACUCAUCAUUUACAUGCCCGAUACAUGAAAGUGAAUCUCAGAGGCGUGGGGUUGGCCUUUUACUCACACACAUGUGGUCGAUGGUGACCAUGUAACCAUUCUUCUCACUAUCUGCGUCGAGAUUCACACUGAAACACGACAGACCAAAACAAAACGAGCCUACGCAAUAUAUUUCAACUGGUAUUACAUAAGGUGAGUCUAAAUCCAACUUCACUUUCAUUUAUCAAAUAUCAUGAUUGCUUUUUAAUUCUGUGGUCGUCAUCCAGGAUGGACUGGACGCUUAUGGUGCUCUGUGGCAUACUGGUGUCUGGCCUCAGCCAAAAUCCACCGUGGUUCGACAACAUCACAACAGAUCUAUUCAGAUCUCCUGGAGAUAUUAUGAUCGGAGGAAUUUUUCCCAUUAAAGAACUCACUAGCAACUUGAGCCAACGUGUUACACCAGAUGAUGUUCACUGCGACAGGAUCAGCUCUUACGGUCUGUCUAUCUCACUGGUGAUGAAGUACUGCGUGGACGAGAUCAACGCUAACCCAAAUCUUCUCCCUGGAAUCAAACUGGGAUUUGAGAACUAUGACACCUGCCAGCAACCGUCCGUCGUCAUGUGGCCCGUGCUACAGUUUCUCACGAGGGAAAAUACAGAGGAAAUGGACAUCUCCUGUAACUACACUGACUACAAGCCUCGCGUUAUAGCUAUCAUAGGCCCAAACAACUCGGAGCUGGUGCCGGUCAUAGGAAAGCUAAUUGGAUUUUUCUUGAUGCCGCUGAUUAGCUAUGGAGCCACCAGCGACACAUUCAGUGACAAAGACACGUUCCCAUCUUUCAUGCGUACGGUCCCCAGCGAUCGCUGGCAGGCUACCGCCAUAGUGCAACUUUUAAAACAGUUUCAGUGGAACUGGGUGUCGGUGGUAGGCAGCGAUGAGGAGUAUGGUCAGAGUGGUCAGCAGCUGUUCUCCAGCAUGGCCAAUGACGGGUCCAUCUGUGUGGCCUAUCAAGGUUUGAUUCCUGUCUACAGCGACCCCAAGCCAAUGAUAACAGAGAUACUUGACCACAUUGUGGAAGCCAAAGUAGGAGUAGUGGUGGUCUUCUCUCUCCCCAAUCCGGCCAGAGACUUCUUCGCAGAGGUUAUCAGAAGGAACAUGACAGGAGUCUGGGUUGCAAGCUCAUCAUGGGGUCUGAACGAUGUUGUGUCCAGCCUGCCUGGCAUCAACACUAUAGGCACAAUACUGGCAUUUGCAGACAUCACUAGAAAUCUUAGCCUGUUUACCCCUUACGUCCGAGAGCUCUUCACAAAAGUAGAGAACGAGAGCCAACAGUCGACUUACCAGCAGCCGGACCCAAACAGCUCACCUCUGGACAACCCUUGUCCUGCAUGCAGCCAAGUCACCAAAGCCAACAUAAGCAUGGUGGAGACAAAUGUUGUCCAGCGAACGGCUUUCAGUGUGUACACUGCCAUCUACUGUGUGGCACACGCACUUCAUGACCUGCUGGGAUGCAAUGCCAGCCAAUGUUCAGUAAAUCCCAGCUCACAAAAAGUCUAUCCAUGGCAGUUGUUACAGAAGCUCCGAAAUGUUAACAUGAAUAUACAGGGAAUCCUUUUAAAGUUUGAUGAUAAAGGCAAUCCAAACUUUGGCUACGAUAUGCUGCAAUGGAUCUUUAAUGGCAGUACUGUAAAAUUUCAUGCGAUUGGAUCUUUUAAUCAGACGCUUAAUGUUCAAACACAAAAGAUAAAAUGGCACACGGCAAAUUCUAAGGUGCCAUCAUCCACCUGCUCCUCAAACUGUGAGGUAGGACAGGUGCGCAGGGUUAAAGGUUUUCAAUCCUGCUGUUUCGACUGCAUUGACUGUAAGGAAGGAACUUAUUUGAACAGAACAGAUGAUAUCCAAUGCACAUUAUGUCCUGUCGGCAAAUGGUCCACCCUACGUAGCACCAGCUGUGUCUUUCCCGUCUAUACUUACCUGGAUUGGCUCCAAUUUGAGUCCAUAGCAAUCCUGCUGGCUGGAAUUUUGGUACUUGCAUCACAUGCAUGGGUAGGGAUUCAUUUUUUCAAGAACAGAGGAACUCCAAUGGUGAAAAUCGCUGGGGGGUCAUUGAGCAGCCUUACCCUGUUGAGCCUAUCAGCACAAUGUGUCAGCCUGGUGCUGUUCCUGGGUCAGCCGAAUGACAUUGCAUGCCGUCUACAGCAACCCCUGAACGUCUUCUUUCCUUCUGUGGCCCUCUCGGUCAUCCUCAGCAGUUCCCUUCAGAUUGUCUGCGUCACAGAAUUUCCCGAAAAAUGCCCUGAUCACCUGGAAAAUCUUCGCGAACGAGUAAGCUGGUUUGUGGUUCUGGGUUGCUGUGGGGUCCAAGCCGGGCUGUGCGGUUGGUAUGUCAAAGAAGGUCCUUCCCUAACCCAAUUCCUCACCAGUUUGGAGGUGAACUACGUGACAAGAUUUCUGCGCUGUCCAGUGGAGCCCUUGUUGAACUUUGGCUUGAUGAUCGGAUUCAAUGUGCUACUGGCACUGGUAUCAUUCAUGUCCACCUUCAUGGCUUUAAAACCACCUGGACAAUACAACCUCGCCAGGGACAUCACAAUCUCCUCCUUGAUUUACUGUGUAAUGUGGGUGAUGUUUAUCCCCACCUACACAAGUCUAAAUGAUAAGUAUAAAUCUGUAGCUCAAGCAGUGGUCAGUUUAGGUAGUAAUGUGGGUUUGAUACUCACUUAUUUUUACCCAAAAUGCCAACUGCUAGUCAAACAGCCCGAACUCAACACAGACGAUCACUUUCGCACAUUUUUAGAAGGGCCACCGCCACCUGAAGAGCCACCUGAAGCGCAACCUGAACAAAACCAUUAAAGCCCUCAUUUAUUGCUGAAAUAACCUCUAAUAUAAAGUUUAUUUUGAGAUAAUGAUCAUCUGACUGUACAUUUUCUCUUACAUAUGAUUAAUAUUAGUAGUGGUUUUGUUCAUAACAUGUUACCCAAUGUGAAAACCUAGGUAAAGUCUUUUUGUGUGUGAUUUAUUUUCAACAUAAAAUGAUCAUACAUAAUGUAAUGAAAAAUAAUGUACAAUAAAUUGUUGGUGUCCCCAGAGUAUGUAUGUAGGUUUUAGCUCAAAAUAUCAUAUAGAUAAUUUAUUAUAAUAACAUGUGAAAAUUGCCACUUUGUAGGUGUGAGCAAAAAUGUGCCUUUUUGGGUGUGUCCUUUAAAAUGUAAAUGAGCUGAUAUUUGCACUAAAUAGCAGUGCCGUGGUUGGAUAGUGUAGAUUAAGGGGCGGUAUUAUCCCCUUCUGACAUCACAGGGGAGCCAAAUUUCAAUGACCUAUUUUUUUCACAUGCUUGCAGAGAAUGGUUUACCACAACUAAGUUACUGGGCUGAUCUUUUCACAUUUUCUAGGUUGAUAGAAGCACAGGGGACACAAUUAUAGCACUUAAACAUAAAAAAGUCAGAUUUUCAUGAUAUGUCCCCUUUACUUUUGACAAAGUAAGGUCAUGUCAAAGAUUGAAAUCAGUGAGGGAAAUGAAAUUUUAUGAUCCAAAUCUCAUCAUUAGAUCAUGAGACUUUACCCUGGAUUUCACAGAAAGAGUCAGGUAUGAAUGAUAGCAAUAAUAGUUAUUGUUUAUAAUUAUUUAUUUGUUUAGCAGACUUUACACAAGAUUGUAGCAAAAUGUAACAAAUAAUUUAGAAAUAAUU